AUCUCACGUCUAAAGUUGCUUUGCUCACAAAAAUGUUUAAUAUGGGUUUUAGAGGACGCCUUAUGUAUUUCGUUAGAUCGUACCUUGAUAACAGAACCUUCCAGGUGCGCAAUGGAACAUUAUCGGAUACGUUCGAACAGGAAAACGGCUUAGUCCAAGGAGGAGUUAUAUCCCCGAUAUUGUUUAACAUCAUGAUUGAUGACGUGUGUGGAAAUGUCCCGAGUGAAGUGUCCCGAGCGCUGUACGCUGACGAUUGCUCUCUAUGGGUGCAGGGAAGGAGAAUUUUUCAUCUAGUUAAUAAAAUGCAGGGGGCGUUGAACCAUGUGAGUGCAUGGGCUGAUCGGUGGGGUUUCCUUUUCUCACCUCACAAAUGCAACGCAAUUGUAUUUCGAAGGUAUAUGAAGGCAAGAGAGAUGACGAACAUACCUAACUUACAUAUAUAUAACCAGCCGUUAACAUACACCGACACCGUCAAGUUUUUGGGAGUGAUGCUGGACUCUAGGCUGAACUUAAACACGAUGAUGCAGUACAUUAAAACAAAGGCUGUCAAAAGGAUAUCAAUAUUAAAAUGUUUAUCUGGAAAAGGCUGUGGCGCAGAUCGUUCUACACUAUUGAGAAUAUACAAAGCCAUGAUAAGACCGAUAUUAGAGUACGCAUGCCAAGUUUUUGAUGGUCCCCGUAACAAGGCAGUGGAAAUGAUUGAUGUUAUUCAAAAUGAAUGCAUUAGAAUUGCUACUGGAGCCUUUAGAACUUCGCCCAUUUUACCAUUGAUGGUUGAAGCAGACAUACUUCCCUUGAGACUGAGGAGAUGCGACUUGUCUCUCCGUUAUUCCCUGAAGAUACUAAGUCGAGAGGAUCAUCCAUGCAGAAAACUUAUGGCCAAUGAGGCUGCGUUACAUGAGGUAGAGACUGGAUAUAUGAAAAGGAUUUCUGGUUUCCCGCUAUAUGAGAGAAUACUUGAUAUGUGCCAUGAAACAGGAUUCGAUUUCCCAGAAGAGGUGACCUUAAAACGCAGCGUCGUUCCGCCAUGGAGAUUACGUAAAUGUACGUUGAUAAAGUUGACUAACAGGAGCAAGAGAACGCUAGAUGAAGUGCAAAUUCAAUGUGAGUUUAAUGAUUUGAGAAGCAGGUAUACAGAAUACGAGUUCAUAUUUACCGAUGGAGCAAAAAGUGCAGACGGAGUUGGAUGUGCUUUUGUCCACGGUGAAAGACGUCAAAAAUUUAAACUUCCUGAACUUUGUUCGAUAUUUAUAGCUGAAGGAUUCGCAGUAUUACAGGCUCUGAAUUAUACACAUACAAAUCGCAUCCUCAAAUGUGUUAUAUGCACAGACUCCUUGUCCAUUAUAACAGCCCUGGGAAAUCCGACUUCUGAAAACCCGAUCGUGAUCCAUUUACUAGAGACGGUCAGUCAGCUUAUUGAAAUGGGCAGUAUAAUCAUUGUCCUCUGGAUCCCAAGCCAUAGUAAUAUACGUGGAAACGAGACAGCGGAUGCACAAGCAAAGAUGGCUAUAAGAUUGAAUGACGUGUGUAAUUUUCAAAUGGGUCCUAAAGAUUAUUUUCCUAAAGUGCGUCGAAGUAUUCGUGAAUUAUUCAACAAAUAUUGGACAGAUUACAACCCUAGGACUAAUUUAAAACGCAUCAAAGAAGAGGUAGGAGACUGGGUCUCCUGUAAGCGAGCAGUCCGACGCGAAGAGAUAGUGCUGUGCCGGCUGAGACUUGGGCAUACUCGCUAUACCCACGCAUACAUGAUAGAUAGAAACCUCCAACCUGAAUGUGAACGAUGUCAGUGUCCAUUAACAGUGUAUCACAUUCUUCUUGAAUGCCCCGUAUAUUUUCACGAAAGACGAUCAUUGGUAACACUAUGUCAACGGUCCGGAACACAAUUUUGUGUGAGGUCGCUGGUAGGAAAUCAAUUCCCGGACAUCAUUGAUGGAGUGAUGAAAUAUUUGCGACACUGCGACGUACUGAAACAAUUGUGA